AGUUUGAGACGCAGCCCUAAACUCCUCUAGUGACUCGCAGCGGCGCGGUGAGAGAGACUGCGAUUACAGCAAUAAAACACAGACACGCAGUCAGGAGAACUUUACGCACUGCGUGGCUUCGGUAUUUUGUCAGUGAUUGCCGGUUGAGCGCUAUUUGACGCACACGCAGACUUCAGACUCACUGAACGAUCCGCCACAGACAGCAGCAUCAGGUCUGAAAGUUGGAGCAGAAGCUCUGCGUUGACAUGCUGAAGGUGAAGCAGCAGGGAUGUCAUCCAGGCGUGGCUCGGGGAGGAUAUGGAUGUCUAUAUAAAUGACUCGUUCAGUCUGAUCACGGAUGAAAAGAGCGUCUCUCUCCUCUCCGCUCUCUAAACACGCAAAGUUUGCUCGCCAUGGCAGAGGUGGCAGGAUUCCUCGGGAGCAUCGAUCUGGAUUUGCAGGCUUUUCCAGCUUUAGGGAAUGUGCCUCUGGCGGAUGGUUUGAAUGAGAGAUUGGGUCUGAUUGAGGGCAGACUGCAGCGCGGGUCGCUCACGGAUUUUGGCCACCUGAAGGGCAUCCUGCGCAGGAGACAGCUCUACUGCCGCACCGGCUUCCAGCUGGAGAUAUUUCCUAACGGGACGGUGCACGGAACCAGACAGGACCACAGCAGAUUCGGUAUUCUGGAGUUUAUCAGUCUGGCCGUCGGGCUGGUGAGCAUACGAGGCGUGGACGCUGGUCUUUAUCUGGGGAUGAAUGAGAAAGGUGAACUCUAUGGGUCGAAGAAGCUGACGGCAGAGUGUGUUUUCCGUGAGCAAUUCGAGGAGAACUGGUACAACACGUAUGCAUCCACACUCUACAAGCACGCGGACACUGGAAGAUACUAUUACGUGGCUCUGAACAAGGACGGCUCGCCUCGAGAAGGCGGCAGGACUAAAAAACACCAGAAGUUGACUCACUUUCUGCCCAGACCCGUCGAGAUUGAGAAGAUACCCCAAGCUUACAGAGACUUGUUCCAGCAUAGGUGACCAGAGCAUCCGUCAGAGUUGCUGUGUUGGAGAGGCGCAGUAGAGGUGCUGGAUGGGAAAGACGGACGCUGAAGAACAUUAAGAAAUACAAGACCCUACUUCUCUCGCCUCACAGCUGUUUAUAUUUGGGUUCUGGUCCAAAAUGAGGAGGCCCUCUCCAAUGGUGAUUGAGAUAAACAGUACGUGUGUGUCCUGGAUGGCUCUGUUUCCUCUCCUUAAUGGGUUUUAAACCACAGAGAAGAGGGAACAUUCCUGCAUCCAAAGCUGGAGCCAAAAGAUGUCUUGAGGAAGAGGUGUUGACUUCAGGGCCUCGUGACGUGUGUCAUGCAAUCACCCUUUCUUUAGACACUUUUUUUUAAGGUGGACCACAUUUUGGGCAUGUUCUCACUGGAAAAACAAAAAAAAAGGGUCUAAACCUAAAUUUAUUGUGUAACUUGUCACCUGAGCAUAGGAAGUAAAACUGCCUUUGACCGUUGAGAUAAAACUCAACAUGCCCAGUCUGGUGACCCUGGGGCCAAAGUCACGUUGAAAGGUCAUGAUGCAGCACUUACCAAGAAGACGGACAUGGGGAGUAUUCCCCAAACUUCCUGUAGGACAAAUGCAAAGCAAGAGCUUUUCAAAUUAAAUAUACCUUUAAGGGCACUUAAAAGGAGAAAGAUGCUUUGAAGAACAAUGACCAGCUUCUACUGAAACAAUACCAAUUUUGAAUGGAAAAAGCACCAAUUGUGAGACGGGGAAAAAGUAACAAGGCUUUAUAAUAAUACAACCUUUUCCUAGAGGGGCUUACACAGAUGAUCUUCUGUCUGCUUCCUUUGAAGGUUCAGGAGAGUUCACAUAUUACAAAUUUGGUAGAAAAAGCUAAUCAGCAGUGGCAAAGUGAUUAGUUGAAACGAAGGCAUGGUGCUUGCUGAAGGGUUCGGUAGAGGCUUUGGUCAUUUGACUAAGAGUGACUUAUAAUGUUCAGGUUGUCAGGAACAUUAUUAAAAUGUAAGUGAAAGACGUGUAAAUAUGGACAAACCUAUUUAUAAAAUGUACAAUAUAUUUAUUUUCUACAUAUAAAGAAUAAUUAUAAAUCUAUAUAUAAAUAUAUUUAUUUAUUUCAAAGGCUCUAUUUUGUAAUGAACUUGAAGUUAUUGGAACUGUAGAUUCUACUGAAAUUAUACAGAAGGGCUAAACCAUUUGACCUGAAUGACUGACAAUAUAAUUGUCCUGCUAUUGUUUAUUGUUGGUGACCAUAUUUGCAAAGAUUCUCUGUACCAAUUAAAA